AUUUUUUGUUGAAAUUUAAAUCAAAGCUGUAGUUUCUGUAACAACUGACAAGGAAAGAGGGAAAACACCAGUAAACCCUCUAGAAGUAGAGACAUUGGGGACACUAAUAGAAAAUAUUCUUUGAGUUGCUUCUACUCAAGAAAUAUCACCUGGAAAUGAAACGGUACAAGUUUAUGAAUACAGCAGGAUCAUAGCAAGAGCAAACUUAUUGUCUGAGUUUGAAGAUUAUUUGCAAAGAAGUACAAGGGAGAAUGUGAUGAAAUGAAUAACAUAGGAUGGUAGACGAAUGGAAAUUGGGGAGUCAAGCAAUUCUGCCACAAGAAUUUCUCAAAAAAUAGUAAGGACAAUUGAAGAAAGCCAAGAAAAUACUGUCACUCCAGCCCAAAGACAAGAAAUAAGGAGGACAGGAAUUAGAAGACAAAAUGGUGCAAAUCCCUUUGAUGUUCCACAGAGAUCAACAAGAAAAAGACAAAGAGAACCUACCAACAAUAGUAAAUAAUUAUAUUAAACUUUUAAAUGAAGAAUCUUUCCAUAU